GUUGUAGUAUAUAUGUAGUCAAAGUUGCCGUCAGCGUCCGAGACAGUAAAGAGUUUGGUUUCACAUCCAUUGUAACGUCUUCACAGUCACGUAUCGCCCAUCUACAAGGCCAGCAGUAUCCGUUCAGAUGGCCUACCCACGACGAUCUCCAGAUGACCACUACGUUACUGAUACCUCCGAUUUGCAGUCAGAGACAGAAUCAAUCCUUCACAAGCAUCUACCAACGAACCCAGAGUCUCCGCCCCCGCUGCAGAGAAACCAGCACCUUCAGUUUCUCGUCAAGAGCCUUGUGCAGGGAUUCCCAUCGCGUUACACCAGUCAAGAUGCCAGCCAGCCUUGGCUCCUCUUCUGGACUUUACAAAGCUUCAGCGUGUUAGGUGUUGCUUUGGAUCCUGACAACAAGCAGAAGGCCAUCGAUACUAUCAUGACAUGGCAGCACCCUGAUGGUGGGUUCGGUGGUGGUCCUGGUCAGCAAGCACAUCUACUACCGACCUACGCGUCGGUGUGUGCACUCGCCAUCGUUGGGCGACCCGGGCCAGGAGGCGGUUGGGAUCAGAUCAAUAGGGAGAAGACGAACGAGUUCUUUAUGUCCCUGAAGCAGCCGGAUGGAUCUUUCCUUGUUUCUCAUGAUGCUGAAGUUGAUGUCCGAGGGAUAUACUGUCUGCUCGUGGUAGCUCAUCUCCUGGAUAUACUAACACCUGAACUUCUGGAUGGUACACCAGCUUUCAUCGCAUCUUGUCAAACCUAUGAAGGUGGAUUCUCCUGUGCAUCACAACCAUACUUCAGCGCCGAGGCAGAUGAAUUAACGAUAGUGCUCGAUGCUAUUCGUCCGCCUCUAGGUGAGGCGCACGGCGGAUACACGUUCUGCGCACUCGCCUCGUGGCUAAUGCUCCAGCCAUACCUGAAAUUGCACGGACGAACGGAACCGCAGCCAACCAUCAAUUACCGCAAAUUGAUGCGGUGGCUCGUGCACUUGCAAGGAAAUGAAAUUGAACUUGGUGGAUUCCGCGGCCGCACGAACAAGCUGGUAGAUGGUUGUUACUCGUGGUGGGUCGGUGGUUGUUUUGCCCUCCUUGCAUCCCAAGGAAUAGGUGGCGGUUAUGGUAGGGAUGUUGAGCCGUCUACUGAAGCACAUGACGAGGGAGAUUGGGACGACGUUGAUGAGUCAGUAUGGAGCAAACUUUGGUUACAGAGAUACAUUUUAUGUGCUGCUCAGCACCCAUCUGGAGGCUUGAGGGACAAACCUCCCAAGGCUGCGGACUCUUACCACACCUUGUACUGUCUGGUCGGUCUUUCGAUAGCUCAGCAUAACGUAUAUCCUUCGCCAGCGAGGCGAGCCCACAUUGCUGCACAGUGGCAAUCUCCGUCAGGUUAUGCAAAUGAAGAGUUCCGUAAGGCAUCCUUCUUGGAGGUUCUUUCCUGGGCCGAAGAGGAGGGUGGAUCGCACGUGUUGGGCGGCUUGGCGAACAGGGUGAAUGCGACUCAUCCUAUCUUCACCCUCACAAUGACGCACACAGAGGCCUUUAUGUCACAUUUCUACGAUCAAGCGAUCUCGAGGAGCAAGUAGACACUUGCGUGUAAUGUGGGAAAGGGGUAACGAUGCGUAUGAUUCCAGCAGUACACAGAGUGUAAAUUACAUCGUCUUCUUCGGGUUUCAGGCUGCAGCUUCCAUUCAAGUUAAUAACCGCCACCAAACAUUACUCAGCGCUCAUUCUUGUUUCGUUGGAUUGUCUAG